CCAUCUCCCCUAUCACACGCAUCCGUGGCUCUCAUAGUGACAGUGAGACAGAGGAGGACAGCAGCCCGCCAUCACAUCGCAGGAGCUCAACCCGUCUCAACAGUGGACCCCAGCAUGGAAAACACUUCAAAAAGUCACAGCAGCACUCUUACAGCCUCCCUGCCACGCCCAGAGUCAAUGGAAGUUCCCAGCACUCAGGCCUGAAUGGGCACUUCCCCCUUGGCACUUCGCCAUCAUACAGUACCUUGCCAUACAUGCUCCCAUCUCAUGCGCUAGAGCAUAGCAACCAGGAAAACAUAUCACCUAGCAGCAGUCAUUAUAUCACCUGUCAGGCAGGAGUGAGCCACCUGGAGAACUCAGUUUUCUUGGGCCAGCCUGACCCUAAGCUCCCAGGUGCGAUAGACUACAGUAGCUUGCCCCUGCCACACGAAGAUAGUGAACCGGUGCCCAGGAAACCUGACAUGAGCCGACACUUGAGUGAACCAUGCAUAACGGACUCGAGGAGAAGAUGCAACAGCCUGACUUACUCACCGAAGAAGAAGGGCAUGAAAAGCAGAGGGAAAGGGGCCAUACCAGGGAAGGAAAAUGGGCUGAUGGACAACAUCAAAGAAAGUGGGCAGAGUGAAGGGGAGAAUGAGGAGAUCAAUGCUUUGGAAGUGCAGUGGAGGUUUAUACAGACUUUGGUCACAGAGCUGAAUACAACUAAGGCAACUAACCGGAAGCUGAUGGCAGAACUCCACCAAGCCAAGAUGGAGAUACAGGUGUUAAAGGCAUCUCUGGAAUCAUACACUGAAACAGGCCUCCAACCAGGGGCAAUAAACAGAAAUGUUGGGCAGAUUCAUGCAGCUCAGAAAGUGCGGGAUGAAGCUAUGAUGUCGAGGAUUAAGUUAGCCAAUGAGGAACGUGAUGCAGCCUUAACUCAUACACGUGCUCUGAUGGACAAAUUGAGCCUUUCACCAAGAGGCAUGGCAGAUCACAUUGCUAUGGUGGAAACAAAUGAACAAGAUCUUCCAGCGGGUGGUAACAGCAGCUGCACAAGCUCACCGAGACGCAGUGACAGGCGACACAGAAGAUCAAACGACUUUCCCCCAUCUUCAACCCCUUCUGGCACUUCCUACACCUCAGUACCCCAGCCUUCACACAGUAUUCUUGCCUGGGUAUCUCAUGCACCCUUGAUGACUGCAUGUGCAUUGCAUGAGGGAUUCCGGGAGCACGUCCACAUGGACUCUUUUGUUCUCUGCAUGGCACUGGGGAGGAUCUGGUUGGGAAGAACACUUGUUUUAAGUGUGUGA